UCUUUCUUUGUUCCUACUUUUUAUUUAUUUAUUUCUUUUCCAAACAAUCCUGUCGUUGAUGUAGCUUAUGAAUGAUUUAAAGCUAGUUGAGUUCUUGGGUUUGUGGAGAAUUUGUAGAGAAGGCUCAACAGAAUCUCCGUUUCUUCAUUCUGCUUUGUAAAUUUCAAAUCUUUUGAAGCCAUCUCUAUGACUUGGUAAUUAAGAAAAGCACCCAAGCCUUUUGAAAUUGUUCUUUUUGCAUGUCAAUUCAAUCUCAAGAUAUCCUUUUCCUGUUCUGCUUUGUUGUUUUUUUUGCUUGCUCUCCACAUUUUUUGAGUUACUAAACUUCAUUUCCUUCCAAAAAGGCCUGGAAAUAAUCCUUAUGAGUCUGGUGGGAAAUUUCCAUUUCAAUUCAAGGCUGAAGAAAAAUUUGUAGAGUGAAAAGGGAAACGGAAAGCAAAAGUGGGAGAUGGGAUGUUCCACAUCAAAGCUAGAUGAUGAAGAGGCAAUACAGCUUUGCAAAGAUCGAAAGAGAUUCAUCAAACAAGCUGUUGAGCAGAGAAGACGAUUGGCUUCUGGACACUUGGCUUAUAUCCAGUCCUUAAAAAGAGUUUCAGCUGCUCUUCGUGAUUACAUCGAAGGAGACGAGCCUCGUGAGUUCUUGUUAGAUUCAUUCAUAACCCCACCUUUCACACCUGUAAAGAAAACCAGUCCCAGCUUCAUCACAAUUUCACCCAAAUGUUUAUCAUCAACACCAAUUCAGUCUCGGCCUAAUUCACGUUUGAAAGUAAAUUACCUUAGACCGAGUGGAGAGCCAGCUGUGUUGGUUGAGGAGAGACCUCAAUCACCGGAGACUGUCCGAGUUGAAGCUUACUCUCCGGCGCACCAUUUUGGGAUUGAUGGCUUCUUUGCAAUGCAAUCCUCACCUAUGAGUUCUUCAUUCUUCUCUUAUUCCCCGAACAAUAGGCCUAAUAUUCCUCCACCUUCACCUCAAACAUCCCAAUGGGAUUUCUUCUGGAAUCCUUUUUCAUCACUAGACUACUAUGGCUAUGCAGCACGUAAUAGUCUUGAUGAGACAGCCAUGGAUGAUGACAUUGGGGGUAUAAGGCAGGUCCGAGAAGAAGAAGGGAUACCAGAAUUAGAAGAAGAGACAGAACAAGAAGAAUCUGAUAAUAAGGUAAAUGUGACAGAAGAAAGAGCUAAAAUUGAUCUUAAUUGCUCUGAAGAAGAAAUUGUUGAAGACACCGAUGAGGGCGAGGAUGAGGAGGAAGAAACAGAUAGUGGAACUGAAACUGAGCAUCAGGUGAAAGGCUUUCAAUCGCAUUGUGCAAGCACAAAAAUAUCAAAAGCUCAAGAAAUGGAGGUUGGUGAUCAAGAAGAAGCCAAGGAAGAAACACCAGGUUUUACUGUUUAUGUUAAUCAGAGGCCAACAAGCAUGGCAGAAGUUGUCAAGGAUCUUGAAACUCAAUUCAUGAUUAUUUGCAAUUCAGCCAAUGAGGUUUCGGCAUUAUUAGAGGCUAGCAGAGCUCAGUAUGCAUCAACCUCGAAUGAAAUAACAGCCAUGAAAAUGUUGAACCCAGUAGCUUUGUUCCGAUCAGCUUCAUCUCGCUCUUCCUCAUCAAGAUUUUUAGUUAAUUCUUCGAGCUCUAGAGAUGAAGGUUAUGAAAGCAGUAGUGACCUCUCAGAAGAACCCUGCAUGUAUUCAGGCAGUCACCAAUCUACAUUGGACAGAUUAUUUGCCUGGGAGAAGAAACUCUAUGAGGAAGUAAAGUCUGGAGAACGGGUUCGAAUUUCCUAUGAGAAGAAAUGCAAGCAACUCAGGAACCAAGACGUGAAAGGAGAUGACCCCUCUGCAGUUGAUAAAACAAGGGCAGCCAUUAGAGAUCUGCAUACCCAGAUAAAGGUUUCAAUACACUCUAUUGAAGCAGUUUCAAAAAGGAUCGAAACAUUAAGGGAUGAAGAAUUGCAGCCUCAACUUCUUGAAUUAGCAAAAGGGCUGGCAAGGAUGUGGAAAGUAAUGGCAGAGUGCCAUCAGUCACAGAAGCGGACACUAGAUGAAGCGAAGCUUUUACUAGCCGGAAUGCCUUCAAAACUGGACGGCAAAAGACACUCCUCCAUGUCAAUAACCGAGCCACAGAGGGCAGCCCGUUCAGCUGCCAAUCUUGAGACAGAACUCAGGAAUUGGCGAGCCUGUUUCGAGUCAUGGAUCACUUCUCAACGAUCCUAUGUGCAUGCACUGACUGGCUGGCUCCUCCGGUGUGUCCAGUCCGAUCCCAACACUUCCCAAGUACUUUGCUCUCCUCCCCGGUCCAGUGGAACCCUUCCAAUAUUUGGACUUUGCAUCCAAUGGUCCAAGUUUCUUGAUGCAAUCCUUGAAAUGCCAGUGCUUGACGGACUAGACUUUUUCGCGGCUGGGAUGGGAUCUCUCUACACUCAACAGGUAAGAGAGGAUUCUCAUCGUGCACCAGUUGGGUCAAAGAGAUACGGAAGUGGAUUACUGGAGGAAUCCGGUGGGAAUAUGAAAAUGGUGGAGGUUGGUCAGGUAGAAGAGGUAAUAAUGACUGCAGAGAAAAUGGCUGAAGUUGCAAUAAGGGUGCUUUGUGCUGGAAUGUCAGUUGCUAUGAGCUCACUCACAGAAUUUGCUGUUGGUUCUGCUGAAGGAUACGCUCUACUUGUUAAUCAAUGGGAGAACAGCACCAAUGGGGCUGCUUGAACUACGGAUAUGUUACUUAACAGUAUUUUGUUGGAUACCUUAGGAAUGGGUGUAAUUUAGGAAUGGGUGUAAUUAAAAAUAUAACUUGUUAGCUGAUGUACAAGGUGUAGUUUAGAGUAAUUGGCAUCCCCACCCCAUCUCUCCUUUUUAUUUUACUUUAUUUAAUUUUCCAAAUGACCAAGGAGGAGAAGAGGAAAUAGGUUGUAAUAUGUAAAUUCCAGAAAUUUUCAUUUCUUUUUUGCGAUCCACUUUUUCAAGUGAUCAGAGGGAGUGAUUGAUAA